AUGAAAACGACGGGGAUCUUGGAAGAGAGACGACGCAGGGGAGAUACGAGGGAGGCCUAUAAAAUCCUGACGGGGGCGGAGAAAGGAAAGACGGACGAGGGCAGCGGGUUUCAAACAAGCCGGAGGAAGGGUUCCUUCCCUCGGCGCGCAGUCGACCCGGGGAACUCCUUGCCUGGGGACGCUGCGGCGGCCGAAAGCACAACUGGGUUAACAACAGAGCGAGGGCCCUUCCCGCCGGGGCACUUACCCCUCAGCCUGCUCACCAGCUACGGCUGUGACCCCAGCUUACAGCACCACAAGGAAGAGGAUCUCAACAACUUCAUGGAGAAGCUGAUGAUGGAGAACCUGUACGGCCCCCCCAACAGUGCCAUGAAGUGUAAAGCUGAGGAGAUAGCAGACUCAGACGAAGAACUCUGCUAUUAUUACGACAAUGAUGGGGAGUAUUACGAGGAUGAGGAGGAGAAGUGGGACGAUUUCAACAAGGAGUGCGAUGCAAAGACUGACGAAGACUCACUCCCUGGCACCUUCUGUGGCUUCAGGAAAUCCUUCCUGUGCAAGGACACCUCACCAGCUCCCCCGCCCCAGAAGUCGAUGGACUAUCAACUGCUGGACCUGAAAUUGCCCCAGAGGCAGCAGGUGACCGCAGAGGAAGCGGAGAAGAACGCCAAGGAGCUGGUAGCUGAGGAAGAGCGAGUUAAAAGGAAAGCAGAGAAGAAAAGACUUAAGAAGAAGAGGCAGAAAGAUCGGAAGAGGCAAGAAAAACUAGAACAAGAAUUGAAGCCCAAGCCCGAGAUGAAGUUGAAUGAACCUUGUCUGAAUGGUGACGCGGAGGAGGAAGGCGCCAUGACAUCAUUGCAGAGGGGGACCCUGGACUCUAGCUCCUCCCGGAGAGAUCCCAGCGAGGCCCCAGCUCCUAGGAGAGGGGAGGGAGCCAGGGCCCAGGACAGGAGUGCAGACAUGAGCACCGAGGAGGAGACGGAGGAUGAGCUGGACUUGAGCAGCACCUUUGUCUCCAAAGCUCAGCGUAAGGUGGGUGUGAAGCCACUGACGCCCAGGAAGGAGAAGGUGCCCAGAGCUGAGCACAAGGAGCCGGACAGGAAGCCCCAGCAGGAGGUGCCGAGGCCUGGGCAGGACGGGAGGGGAGUGGAUCCCAGCACAGUGCUAGCAGGUUAUGGGAACGAGGCGGCAAAGCGGAGCUGCUUCCAGGAGGCCGUGUUCUUCUUCACUGAGGCUGUCAAACUCAACCCUCGGGAGCACAGGCUCUUCGGGAACCGCUCGUACUGCUAUGAGAGGAUGCAGCAGUACGACAAGGCCCUGCGUGACGCCCACGUGGCCCUGAGCCUCCUGCCCGGCUGGCCCAAAGGCUUUUUCCGCAAGGGCAAGGCCCUCAUGGGGCUGAAGCGCUACGCUGAGGCCAAAAGCACCUUCCUGGAGCUGCUGCAGCUGGACAGCUCCCAUGCCGACGCAGCCACCCAGCUGGAAGUCUGCCAGGUGCAGCUCAUCCUGGAGAACGGCUUCAGCAGCUUUAGCGGUGAGAGGAGCCUGCUGGUGGAGCCGUCGCUGGGAGCCACAGAGUCCCAGCCGGCGGGGCCUGGUGAGCAGGCCAGGAGCUGGUCCCUGGGCAGCAGUGGUUACGCCGUGGGGGACGAGGAUGGGGAGAGCGGGUUUGUGACCAUCACUAGCUCGCGGAGCCGAGGGAAAGGCCCAGCCCAGCAGGGGCUCCGGGCCAGCAGCAGGGAGACCCCAGCUAGCACCAGACACCCUGUAGCCACUGUGCAUCAGGCCAGGGAGUGGUACGCUGUGUGGGUCGGGAACGUCACCCCCAGGAUCACCCAGAAGUUGCUGCGCAGCUAUUUUGAGGCGUAUGGGCCCAUCCACUCGGUGCGGAUGCUCCCGGAGAAGUACUGCGCCUUCAUCAACUACACCAAGAAGGAGGCUGCGGAGGCGGCCUACGGAGCCCUGCAGGGGGCCGAAGUGGAAGGAACCAAGUUUGUGCUGCAGCUGAAGCACCCUGACCAUGCAACCCCGGCCCCUGGUAGGGCUGGCCCUGGCAACGGCCCGCGGCCUGUGGGGAGGGAGCCAGUGCGAGUGCCCCCCACCCUGGAGUGCCAUUUCUGGCGGAACGCCGGCUGCAGCUACGGGGCCGACUGCCGUUUCCGCCACCUGCCCCAGAGCAAGGGGCUGGACAAGAAGCUGGCUCAGCACUAGGGCCCUGCCCUGGCCCCAUCAUUGCAGGGGUCUGGAGGCCGGAUGUCCCCAGGCUGACAGCUGGCUCCUCCCUGGCCAUGCUGCCUCGUGGGCACAGAGUGACUGGAUGGCUACCAUGCUGGGCCUUCCCAAGGCCCCUCCAGCUGCUGCCUGUUGCCUACCUGUGGCCCAGCACCAGCCAGUGGGCAUCACCCGCCCCGGGGUAGGACUGGACUCGCUGCUGUGUGGAUGGGGACUCUGGCUGGCUGUGCUGUGGGUUCCCCUUCCCUGGGAAGGAGCCAUGCAAGCUGCCCCCCCCCCCCCGGGACUGCCUUGGGGUUGGUUGGCCUGGAGGGAAUCGCUGGGCCUCUCCUGGCAGGGAGGGCUGGAAUUCAGGGCCCUGCCCGUGGCCCAGUGGGGGCACUGUGCCCCACAUCUAUGGGGGCACUGGAGCUGGCUGCAGACCCCUUUGCCUUAUUAUGGAGUGAGGCCUGUGGGGACUACAACUCCCAGCAUGCAGUGGAACCAUGCUGUUGGGAUGAAGGGCAUUGUCAUGCUGGGAGUUGUAGUCUCCACCCCCCAGGCUGCUCUUCCAUGGCUAUUUCAUACCAAAAAUUGUCCCGGGGCAGGUUCCUGCCUCAGCCAUGCUCUCUCCUUCCUGCCUUCUGAUUGGCUGAGCCCUGGGUCUGUUACACUGACUCUGCCCUGCUAGGGCCUGUCUGUGCGGCGAGGGUUUGCUCCCUCUGAAGCACUGUUGGCAGACAGGACACUGGGCUAGAUGGACCAUUGGCCCGACCCAGUCUGGCCGUUCUUCUGUAGCUCUUUGUGGGGGGCUGGCUGGGUGGGGAGCAUGGCCCAGGGUCAGGGUUGGGCUGUGGCCCCAGUCCAUAGAGCCGCCCCCGGUUCCACUUGGGCUUUUAACAUUGUCCCUUUGUUUUUGGAACAUCCCUCUGUCCUCGGGGCUAACCUAUGCCACCCCAUACAGAGCCCCACAGGCCUGGGCCAGCCCCUUGCUCCCCUGCCAUGUGGUGCUCUCGGCACCGGGCAGGCUGGUCCCAGGUCCCCUUUCGCUCAUGUGCAGCGAUGCCCCUGGGGCUCUCUGCCCUAGUGCCGGCUUUGUUCUUCGGCUCUGGCCCAGUCUGGCUGCUUUCUGCCUCACCUGUCUCCCACAGCCCUGAGUGCAAAGCCAGCUGGGUACCAGGGAGCUGCCCUGCCCUGCUGAUCACAGAGACCAGCUGGCUGCUCUGGGCAGGUGCCGGGCUGUGGGUGGCUGAGGGGCCAGGAUCUGCCUGGGGGCGAGGAUGCAAACUGACCUGUUAUGGCCCUGAGAGCGCCCAGCCUGUGCGUUCAGUGGGUGGGCCUUGCUCCCGGGCUGUGGGGCGGGGAACUCCGCAGAGCUCUUCCCCUGGGCAGCCCCGGGUUUGCAGUGGGUGCGGCGCCCAACGGGAAUUUGUUCAGGGAUUUGUACCUGCCUGGGGAUUUACAGAUUGUUCUUAAUAAAACUCAUUAAAGAACCCACCUUCUCCCUUCCGCCUUCCCACUCUGGCCCUGCUGGCUUCCCCCACCGUAGCCCCCCAGUCCUCUCCUGCAUCUGGGAGCGUGUGGAGGAGCCCCGGGCACUGUGUGGGUUGUGCCAGCAGGGGGCGCUGUUCUCCAUGGCAUGCAUGGCAGAGCCACACCUAUUCCUGGGGCAGCUGGUGCAGCCUGGCCUGGCUGGCUGCGUCCUGUGCUCGUGGUGGAAGGAAGUGCGGGCUCCCAGCAGGCUGCAGCCAGCACAGGGGACCGUGGUGCCCCCCCCGGCCACGGUAAAGUGAAAAGGGACAAAAGUAGUAACAUGGGAUAGGCUGGAACGGCUUCUGGGGUGUCGCCCCCGAGCUCCCAGGAGCCUCCCUGUGCUCUGAACACAUUUUCCCAGACGCGGUGGGGGCUGGGUGCUCUCCUCUUCCCCAGUCCUGACCCCAGAGCUCCAGUGUGGGGGUGGGGCCGUUUAACCCUCUGGUGCUGUCUGCAGGCGCUGCCCACCGUGGGGACGUGCGUUUGCCACCCUGUCCGUAUCUGGAGGAUGAACGGGGCAAGGAAUCAGAGUCCUGGGGCUCAGUCCCAUGGCUCCCCCUUGCUGCCCCAUGCCACUGCAAGCUCCAUAGCUGGGGCCCGUUGACCCGGGAGCCUUCUCCCACCGCAUGUACCUGCACACUGGUGGGCGUGCCCUUGGCUUUGUGCCCGUCCUGCGUGGGGAGCUUGGUGUAGGGCCCCCAAGCAGCGUUCCCCUCGCCCUGCUCUGCAUAGGAGAUGGAGCUGCCCUUGCCGUGCUAGGGGAGGGGUCGGUGCUAGGUGGUUCUGCACCGCUGGCCUGGAUCAGCCGGGCUGUAUCAGAAAAGAGCGGGCACCAACUGGGGUACAGGCAUUUCCAGCCACUACUGCCACCCAGGGGAAGGACCCAUGGAAAGUGGGCAAGUGCAGCGGCGGCUGGGUGGGGUGGGGAGAGACAGGGCUAAGGCUAUAAUCCUGAGCAAAACACUCUAGUCUGCCAGAAGCCUGGAGACCUCAGGAAGUUGUGCCCCUCCCCAGGGUCGGAGGUGGGGCUGAGGCACUGACUCGGGGCGCGGACAGCCAUGUGGCAGAGGGGUGCCAAGGCUUAGAGAGGGGAAACUGCUUCUCCCCAGCUGGGAGGAGCCUGUGGAAGUCGUGGCCACAGGCAGUGAUGAGGUGAAGUGCUGAGCAGCGGUGUGAGCGUGAGGCAGUCAUGAGUUCCACGAAGAAGCGAGAGUAACUGUCACCUGGUUGACCCCAGCUCUGCCCCUGCCCCUUCCCCUCUGAACUAGGAUGUUGAGGAAUGUGGUCGAGUCCAGCCUGGGCUGUGAGCUGGCCCCAGCUGAGUCGUGCGUGGCCCUGGGACAGCGCAUGGCCUUGGAGUGGCUUGUUCUGCAGCCCCUUCUCCCCAUGACGGUACCUCCGCAAUGGGAUCAAGUGGCCUCAGCCAUCCUUGUGACAAGCUAAGCAGAGUGUGCUCUUGCUAGCCGGUGUUUUCUCCAGCUCGAGUCACUGUGGUGGCCCUUUUCUGCACCCUCCCGUUUUACAACUUCCUUUUAAACUGUGGGCACCAGAGCCAGAUGCAGGAUUCUGGUGUCUGUCUCCCCAGAGCCUGAGUUCCAGAGAGAACCACCUCCCUGCUGCUGCUCACCGCCGCUCUGCAGAUCCGUCCACGGAGCCCUCUUUGGCACAGCAGUGCGCUGUCUGCAGUGACCCCAGGAUCUUUCUCUGUUGCUGCUUUCCAGGAGACAGCCCGCACUCGGGCCUGUGGUCUCCCUGCCUUGCUCCGAGAUGUACAGUGCUGGCUGUAUGAAAAUGUUCUGUUGGAAUGCGCCCAGCUUACCGAGCAAUCCAGACCACACUGGAUGGCUGCUGUCCUCAUUCCCUGCUCCCCCAGUGUGUGUGUCGCAUGCAGAUUUGAUAUUUACUUUGACAUCGUUGGUGAAGAUGUUGGCGUCUUGAGCCUAGUACCACCCCUUGUGGUGCUGCACUGGUAUACCGCCAUGCAGCGAAGAGUCCCCGGGGACGAUUGCUUUUGGAGAUGUCAGCCCAUUCUUAAACUGUUGAACGUGCGCUCUGUUCAGAGUGGAUAGAGCUGAUUGUCCAGUCAGAAUAUUAUGCAGUACUGAGACAAAUGUCGUACCAAAGUCCAAGUAUACUGCAUUUGUGCAGUCACCUUUAUCAACGAAAUCUAUAAUCUCAUCAAAAAAUGAAAUCAGGUUUGUUUAACAAGCCCUGUUUUCCCUGAAACCACGUUGACGGGUCUUAGUGAUACGCCAGCCUUCGUUAGUUAGCUCGUCCCUUAUUUUCCCUGGAUUUCUGAUGUCAGGCCAACCAGCCUACAGUUACCCAGGUCAUCCCAGCUCUUUCUGCUUCUUUACAAACAGAAAUAGUUAUUGAACGCAUCUGCCUUUUCUGCACCUUUACAAUACUUCUAGCGUUUCCAUUGAGUAGUGGGCCUGGACCAUUGCUAGGAUUUCUUUUGCUCCUAACAUACUUUAAACCUUCUUGUCAUGCUUGGCCCUGCCAGCUAGAGAUUUUUCCCUGGUGUUUUUAGCUUCUGUGAUCAGUUAUCUCCAGGUCAUCUUAAUCCAUCAUAAUGAGGUCCAGCAUUUCCCCGUGCUGGAUGUAAUGCUUCUUGUGGUAAAAAGUUAUCUAAAACCAUCAUUAGAGUUUUGAAAAUUAACAGCUGGCUGCAUGAGAUCUCCAGCAUGUCUCCUCCAGAUUGAAAUCCAUCAGAGCACCACAACUUGUCUUUCCACGCACUGUUAGACAGUGUUCGAGGUGUAACUCACCUACCCCCCUUGCGGGAUCACAUCUGCUCUCCCUCUCUGAGUCGGGCCCUGCCUGAGGCCCCUCCCUUUCCUGCAGCACCAGCCCAGCGGGAAGGCCUGGCUGGCUCGUGCCCGCUGCUGAGCUCAGCGCUAUGUGAACUCAGAGGGGCCCAGGCUCAGGCUGAGCGCAGGGCAUGGAGUUGGGGGACGCAAUAAAUGGUGGUACCUGAUUGUGCCAAGACCGGGGUAGCUGCUGUUGUCUUGCGUCACUGAGGACAGAGCUCCAGCAGGGCGAGCUCUCUGCGGUGGCCAGGGAGAGGUGGGGACUGGACCCAUCGGGGCCAAGCACGACAUUGAUCCUGCCCCGGGCAUAGAGCAGUUAACCAAGGUGAACAAACUUGGGUCCAUCCCCCCACCCCUUAUCAACACAAGGCUCAGCGCCCUCCCCCUCCCACGCCAGCUGGGAUUGUUUGUUGCCGUGACAACAUUAUGGAUGCAAUAAUCAUUGCAGGCAGUAUCUGUCCCUGUGUCUGUCUGUCUCUCUUCUCCCCCCACCCCCCCCCGGUAUCUCUCACUCUCCACCCUGCGUGUGUGCACCUGCCUCUUGUCUCUUCUGACCCCAGAUCCAUGGGUCAUGCCCCGCACCCCAUGUGUUCUUCCCUCCCUCUUUCCCUUCAUUCGCCCAGGGCAGCCCCAGUGCUGGGCACCGUAGGGGAUCCCUGCUGACUUGGUGCCAAGUGUGUAGCUGGAAUGGACCCACAGGUCCCAUCUUGACCACUCCCUACCCCAAUACAGACCCUUCCAGCAGCCCGGGUAGGAGUGUUCCAGUUACCGCAGGGGCAUCGCCAGUUUGGAGUGUUCCCAGCAAUGGGCCCUGCCCCCUUUUCCUGUGGGGGAGGUGGGUUUCCCAGCCAGUCUCUUGGAUGGGAAAGGGAUCCUGUAGGCCUGUGCAGCUGGGCAGGAAUCCCAGGGACCAGGAAGAAGCUUAGGGUUGGGAGAUGCUUCAGUGAAUGCUUCAGCCGUCCCCUGUGUGGGUUGCCUGGCCAGGGCUGGUGAGUCCAGAAUGGAGGGCAGGCCUGGGGGGCGUGGAUCCUUUGGCCAUGGCAGGAGGGAGACAGCCACACAUGGAGAGCAAGGACAAACCCAGAGGGCGGGCCCCUCUCCAGGAGUGGGUGUGUGUGUGGGGGACAGGACCAGGCUGCAAAGGGGAGAAUACCUGGGCUCCAGCUGCCAGCCCAGCCGAAGUCUGUGCUCAGACCCUCACUUGCAGACUUUGCAUAUCCCCCUGUGAGGGUGAUGGGGCCUUUGAGCUCAGAGAUCUACAGAGGAAAGAGCAUGGGUUCUCCCAAGCCAUUAUCUACCUUGGUGGAAUCUAGUCUCACCAACUCCCAGUGCUCAAAAAUCAUGAACCAGACCUGAGAUUACCUUAAAAACCAUGGGAUUUGGACCAUACUGAAUGUGGGUUUGUUCCUUGCCUUCUGGCUUUGGAUCCUUGAGGCUGCACUCAAAUCACUUUGUCAAGCCUUUGUCCCCAACAGGAGGCUUAGAAACCAAGAAUUUAAUGAAAUCACCUGAAUCCAGGAGCUGGAGCUUGAAGAGAAAAACCAAAUAUCAUAAUAAAGCCACAAGAGCUGGUAGCUCUGGUAAUCUGAGGAGACCAGACUGGCAUCUACUGUCUGGGCUUAGUUUCUGCCUUGCUUAGUGGCCUCUAAGCAAAAGCAACUGGCUGCCCUUUCUACCUAAAUCAUGCCCCUUGUCCUUCGGAAGCUGCAUCUACCGACAGUGCAGAUGGCUUAGUUAAAUCAGCGUGUUCCAAAGGGUGAUCGGUGGUUUAAGAUGCUCAGAUGCUGCUACCUAUCUGGCUGCCCAGCACCAGACAAUGCCAUUUCCCAGCCAUUCCCUAAGGGCCUAUUGCCCACCGGUGGGUUUGGAAUGAAUGUCGUCAGUUUGCCUGUGUCUGGAGGGACAUUGUGCAGUGGGCACGUCAGCUGCUGCUGUCAUAGAUAGUAAGGCCAGUCUGCCCUCCUGCCUGGCGCAGCCCAGAGUCCCUCCUGCUGCAGGGUUUGCAUAAACUCCUCAUUUCUGCUUUGAGCCAGUCGGUCUUUGGGAAAGAUGGCCUGUCUCCACUCAGAGCCUGCACAGGAUGGAGAAUGCCCGCGUCUCUGGGUGGGUUGCGUCCCUUCGCUGGUAAAAAUCUGCAGCUUAUUUCAGGUUUUAAUUUCUCCUGCUUCAGCUGCCAGACUUUGGAUCUCGCUCUGCCUUUGUCUGCUCGGGUCAGGUCCUUCAGCUACCACACAGUGCGUGCCCAGGCAGGUACUUACAGGACUUCAUCAAGCCAGUGCCACUUGCUCUUGGACAAAGCUUCUGGAGCCUGUCCCUAUAAGGCAGGCUUGCCAGACCCCCAGUCAGUCUUGUGUCUCUUCUGGGAACCCUUUCCAUUUGGUCAGUGUCCUUUUUGAAGUGUGGCCAGUGGUAUCCAGUAACAGACUGAGGUCACACCACCUGCCUUCUCCUCAGUAUUUUCCUGCUCACGUAUCUGUGGAGUGUGUUUUCCCCCUUAGCUGCAGCAUCACACAGACGGUUCACAUUCAGUUAGUCUCCAAGAGUCAUGCUUUCCACGAUACAGUCCCCCCAUCUGAUAAGUGUGACCUACAGUCUUGUUCCUAGGUGUGUGAGCUUACAGGUGGUUGUUUGAAAACGUGUUUAGAUGAGCCCACCUUACCAAGGUGCCCAGGUCAGUCUGUGUAUCUCUCCCCAUCAUUUACCACUCCACUAAUUUUAGUGUCAUCUGCAAAUGUUAUCUGUAGUGCUUUUCUAUUUUCUUCCAGCUCAUUGAGAGAGAGAAUAAAUCACAUUGGGCUGAGCACAGAUCCCUGUGGGACUGCACUAGAAACACCCCUUUGGACAAUGAUUCCCCAUUAACAAUUUACCUUUUUGAGAUCUGUGAAGUAUCCAGUUUUUAAUCCAUUUAAAAUGGGCUACAUUGACAUUGUGUAGUACUCAUUGUGUCUGCAUGUCAUGCAGGGCUAAGUUCUUUCAGACACUAAAUAUAUUAAGUUAGUACAGUUACCUUUAGCAACUAAACUUGUCAUCUCUUCCAAAAUGAGAAGGUUGUUUAAGACCCUGUUUUCCAUCAAAUUAUGUUGAUUGGCAUUAAUUUUGCUGCCAUCAUUUAGAUCUUUAUUGGUUAUGUUCCAUAUCAGCUUUUCCAUGAUUUAGCCCUGGAUCAGGACCAAUGUCAUGCUGCCUGGCCUGUGGUCACACACACCAUCAUCGCAUUUGCCCAUUUCAAAUGUUGGCAUAAACUCAGCUCUUUUCUAGUCCUCUGGAACUCCACCACCAUUCCGAGGUUUGUAAACACCAACAUUAAUGGUUCACAGAGCUCCGCAGCCAAUUUUUUAAUACAAUGUGGGUUUAAGUUAUCCAGUCCUGUGGAAUUAAAAACAUUUCAAUAGUGGAUGAUUAAUAACCUCACUGCACUGGUAACUGAUGAAAGAGAAAAUAUUGAAUUAUCACUGUAAGAUAUAAAUACAUUAUCCUGCUUCUUUCUGAACUCAGGAUAGCAAUACUUACGGAAUAUUUCUCUCUUUUCUGCCUCAUUGUUGACAAUUUUUACCAUCCUUAUCUAGUAUUGGACCUAUACCAGUGCUAGGAUUUCAUUUGUUCCUGAUUUAGUUAAAGAAUUCUUUCUUAUUCUCCUUAACCCUAUUUGCCAUAGAUUUUUCACUAAAACCUUUAGUGCCCCUUAUCAGUUGUCUGCAUUUCCAAACUGCAUUGGCUUCCCCAUUUUGUCCGUUUGUUAUAUAUAUUUUUAAUGGCUCCUUUCACUUUCUUCCUUAGCCAGGAUAUUUUUUAAUCAAAGAAGCCUUCUUUUGUGACUGCAGAAUUAUGUUUCUUUGGUCUCAAACAAUUCCAGUCAUCAUUUACCUUUUUCAUGUUUAUAUCUUUCCUCUCAUUUUUGUUUUCAGCUUUGGGAAAUUAGUCUUCUUAAUAUCCCAAGUGUGUGGAUUGCUCAUUGGCACUCCAUUCUGUAUGCACAUAACAAAUGAAAUUAGGUUGUGAUCAGUUGCACCUAGGCAACCAUCAAUUUUUAGUUCAGUGAUCAAUUUGUCGUUCUCCGUUGGAAUGUGGCCUGAUAUCGGUUGCAAUACGUUCUGUGUUAGAAAGUUAUUGUCUGUAAUUUUCAGGAGCUCCAUGGACAUUUGAGUAGUUGUGGCAUGAGCUCUUUUAUUGCAUCUGGCCCAGAAGUUCAGCGAUUUAUAGCCUGGGAGUGUAAUGUAGCACAAUCUCAUCUGUGGGCAAGUUAGCGACAGAAAGGGAAGGGAGGUGUCAUUUGAGUCGUAAAACUCUCCACAAUCCUCAUUUUGAUGGUGUUCCCCUCUGUGAUAUGGGAGAGGGAACUUGCUGCCCAGCCAGCUCCCAGCUCUACCUCCCCUGGUUGGCAGAAGUUUUGAUAAUACAGAGUAAUGGGCUGAGUUGGGUGUCCUUCGAAAGCCUUUUCUCCCAUGAACACAGUGGUACCAAGCAUGACAAACCUAGAACAAUUACGUAGAUAUAUAUUAGGGGAAAUGUAUAAAAAUCAACUUUUUUAAAGUAUCCUUUAACACAGGGAUGUUUUGCUUACCUAAAGUAGACACUGAUCUUGGCUAAUCCUAGGGAAGCUAGCCUUGGCAUGUAGGACCGAAAACAUGUAUUCACCAAUGUCAUCAUCACUGUCAUCUCUGUCUAGGGCACCACUGCUAGACACGUUGUCACGCUGCUCCUCUGCGCCACCCUCGUACGUCUCCAGACAAAGCCAGAGCACUGGGGCUGUAGGAUUGGAGCCGCAGGGAGCUGUGAUAAACAGGGGGAGGGGCUGCACCUGGCUGUUUGGGGAGGCACAGUCUCCUCCAGCCUAUGCGACCCACCACCCAUGCUCACAGGGGUGGUUCCUGGGCAGAUGGAGGCCCAGACAUGGGCCCCCAACUCCCUUGCAGGGCUAAGCCCUUUACUGUCCUUGGCAUUUCCUCUGUGCUGGUUCAGGCAGCUCCCUGCUCAGCGGUUUGCGAGGUCCCAGUGCGCUGUGGAGGGAGCCUGUGACAUGGAGUCCCUGGGCGAUGCUCUGGAACUGCUCCCCAUGAAGCCAGGCAGGACUCUGGGGAAGUCUCCUUUCUGGGAGCAGCCUGUCUGCAGGACACACAACUCACCCGGCUUCCCCCUUCCUGGGUCCGACCUUGGAGCAUUCAGCAUCCUCUGCCCCUCCAUGUCCUUCCCACAGCGAGUCCGCCCAGGCAGGGUCCUGGGGAAGCCAGAGGGUCCUGCCCCCCAACUCCGCAGUCAGACGUGCCUCUCAGCCAGCCGGGAAAACAGAAGGUUUAUUAGAUGACAGGAACAUGGUCUAACACAGAGCUUGUAGGUGCAGAGAACGGGACCCCUCAGCUGGGUCCAUUUUGGGGGGCAGUGAGCCAGACAACCACGUCUCCCCUUCACUCCAUGUCCCCAGCCAUCCCCAAACUGAAACUCUCUCCAGCCCCUCCUCCUCUGGGCUUUCCCCUUUCCCAGGCCCAGAGGUCACCUGAUUCCUUUGUUCUCCAACCCUUUAGCUGUCACCUUGCAGGGGGGGGGAAGGGCCAGGCCAUCAGUUGCCAGGAAACAGGGUGUCGGCCAUUCUCUGUGACCAGACCCCUGCACACACCUCCCCUUUAGGAUUCUGCAACGAUCAUACACCCUUAUCCUACCCCGUAGAGACUUAAGAACUGCCUAGGGUAAACUGAGGCACCCCCACACUAUUCAGAGGAACCAUUAAGAACAGUCCGCUUCGUCACAUCUCUCCCCCCUUCAAGACCGAAUUGAGCGGGAUCACUUUAGCUGGUGACCUGGGGAAGUUCGAAGCCACCAACGUUCCCAUGGAUGCCCCAGCAUCUCUCCCAUUCCUUGGUGGGAGUUACACCAGGCCCUUCCAGUUUCACGCCCUCCCUUAGUUUGGGGGUGGUCGAUAGCACUUGCAUGCUGCAUGUGGGAAGGUUUAUGCGGCCCGUGCCCUUUGGCCACCCCAAAACCCCAGGGGGUCAAACUGGGAUUGGGUCUUCUCCCCAACAAGCUGGCCAAACAGCCACUUGGUUAGAGGAGUGUUUAACUUUCUUAACAGCUUUCACUUCAUCUGAGACCUUCUCAGAGCUAUCCACACUGGGUCCUUCAACAGGAAAGUCAGUGGAUCCAUUCACAACAGAAAAUUUUUGGCUGUUAGGAACUGAAACUUUCUUGAUUAAAUCACUUUCACACCCUUCAGUUGCAGUAAACUGCUUGCAAAGACUCCAUGAGGAUUCCUUUCCCUAGGGCUUUUCUAUGCAACAAUUCACCCCUCACAGAAAUUCUGCCCUUACCCUCUUUACCUAGGGCAUGUUCUAGGGGAACACUUUCCUGAGCAACAACAGACUCUUUCUGGGUCUCCCGUACAUCCAGAAUUACCUCUGGCCCAUGCGGCGGAUUCCUACCCAAUCCCCUUUCAGGCAAACUUACAGACUUCCUAGAUAAAAGGUCAGAAGCAUUCUCCUUCCCUUUGCCACACACAAGUUCAGGAAUCUUUUCCUUCUAGCUACAGGUUUCCACACCCUCAGUAGGUAACAUAAUCAAAUCACCUUCAUGCUCUCCUUGUGCCCUGGCUAGGAUCUCACCCUGAUUAGACAGAGUUGCGACACCCUUUCCCAACAACACACUAGCAACAGGCAAAAUACAAGCACCAGAAUUGUCUGGUCUCUGGGAUUUUACAUAGAUCCUAACUGGAUGUGACCUAGUAACAGGGCCAUUCUCCCGAGCAGACACAAACUUAGGACCCCUUCCCUUCCUGGGCUUCAGCUGAAUCCAGAACCAGCUCUGAGACAACUGCACGACCCUCAACCAUCACAGGCUGAAAGGCCCCUUCUGUCUGCUCCACAGACAAAGAAGAGCCGGACACACUUUCUCCUUUCCCAGACACACUUUGGGAUCUCUUUCCCCUGGUCCCAGCACACAAGGCUGGUCACAGACAACUGCUUGGAGAUCAGAGUAGCUCCCUCCAUAGGCAAGUCAAUACCCCUGACAAACACAGACACAUUUCCUUCCCUGUCACACUUCUCCACCCAGCUAACAGGUAAGGUCCAGGGACUCUCAGCUUCCACUCUCCUCGCCUUCCCACCCUGCUGACUAGACACAGCCAUCAGCUCACAAGGCUGCCUAGGCUCAUCCAGACUUUCCUUACCAAGCACCUUGCCACUCCCCACAGAUCCCCUGCCCUGCCUGUGUCUCCCCCCACUCAGCUGGGGUCUCAGCUCCCUCUGUGCUCAGCGCUGCCCUUGCUGUCCCAGUGGGGGUAGGCAGCGAGCUCCCUGCUUUCCUCACUGCAUCAGAGCCAGCCUGAGCCCCCGCUCUGGUGUGGUAACAGGCAGGCAGGUAGCCUGAGCCUAGCCGCUCCUCCCUCCUGCCAGCCAGGUCAUCUGCAUUUUCACUGACCAUUUCCCUCUCCACUGACUGGUUCCCUGGAUUCAAAUUCAAACCCUUGGCAGUUACAGGAGCAGGGCCUGGAUCCUGUCCCAAAGAGACACAGUCACCCCACAACAGGGUCUCACAGCUGAUAUCCCGGAGAACCCCAAUGACCAGCCAGCCCCACCCUUCCUGUGUCUGCACAGGGAUCUGGGCCAUAGGCAGGGCGAGGGGCUUUGUCCCUGGGACCCUCACCCAGGUCACCCAGCCCCUCAGCAUCUGAGGCUGCACCACCCAGGGCCUGACACCAGUUCUCUCUGUCCCAGGAUCUCGCCACCCCAGGAAUGUCUCCCCAUUGACCAUCACCUCCUGCUCCCACUGGAGGUCCGAGGGGCCUGAGCCCAGGAGACUCCACACAGACAUAUAGGUUGGGGUCAGGAGUGGGAGCCUGUCCACCUCCCCACCCAUCUGGCUGACGGAGUCUAUGGCCUUGGGACCCAGCAAGGGAGCUCGACACCGGGGCUUUUCCGCAGGGUCCCCCUGGUUCAAAUCUCCAGCCUGCUCAAAGGCAGUGAGGUGGCAUCCACACCCCCCCCCCUUAACCAGGGGCAGCAAUUUAGUCUCAAGGUUCCCUGCGGAACUGGCCCCCUGGGGUCUAUCCCCACUCACCCCUGGGGGGUCCCCUAGGCCUCUCCGC